AUGGUGGUGCCAGAAGGAUUGAGUCUGGUGUCCGACUUCCUGCAUUACAUCUACGGCUACUUCAGGCUGCAGCCAACGCAGCCUUUGGCGAUGUCCAUUGAAGGUUUUGGUCUCCUUCCAGCCCAAUGCCUUGAGGAUGUCCUCCGCGAUGGUGACUUAGUUUGGGUCCGGCCUGCGCAGACGCAGAGGAGGCGAGCCCCUUGCAAGCGCCGGGCACUGACAAACGGCCCAGCACUUCUGGCCUUACCAGAGGCCAAGGAACCGGCCGCUGUAGAGAAUGCAAAGGAGGAAGGAAAAAAAGAAGAGGAAGAAUCAGAAGGAGGAGAAGCGGAAGAAGAUGACGCAGAAGAGGAAGCUGCAGGAGAAGGAGAAGCGGAAGAAGAUGACGCAGAAGAGGAAGCUGCAGGAGAAGGAGCCACAGCUGCAUCGGCUCCCAUCCAUGUCACCGCGGGAGCUGAGGUUCCAGCGAAGACCCUGUCGGAGACGCUACCGGACGCAUCGGCGGCGGAACUCUGGAAGCCCCUGUCGCGUGCGCCUUUGCCAGGAGAGGUGGUCCGGUUCCGUUUGAGGACACCCGCGGGACUGACGGACUUUCAGGCUGCUCAGUGUGUCGGAGCUGGCAUGGUGGCUGGGGUGUCCCAGGUUACCCUCGACCAGGAGGGGAGCUCCCAGAGCUUUCCCGUUGACUGGCUGUUUCAAGUCGGCCUCUUUCAGGCGGGCGAUGUGCCAGAAGAAGUACUGGAAAAGAAGGAGCCGAGCAGUGCUGCGAAGCCAGCUACGAGGAGGACGCAGCCGACCAUUGAAGCUUCACCGAAGAAGCCACGAAUCCAGCAUGCGCCGAUGGACAAGCACAAGUUGGAACAGCUCCGCUAUGCCAUCCGAAGUCAGUUCGACUACUACUUUGGCGACGCGAAUUAUGCCAAGGAUAACUUCCUGCGGUCCCAAGCAGAUGAUGACGGUUGGACAUCGCUCAGACUGGUUGCAAAGUUCAACAGAGUUCGUGAGCUCACAGAGGACUUCGAGGCCGUGCAGCGCUCCCUC